AUGGACCCGGCCUUUGUCAUAAAAAAGCCUCGUUUGUUGGAUCAGAUUAAACCUCGCCCUCGAAAAGUGAACUAUGCGCGAGUACAAGCUGGUGAGAAGUAUGACCCCACCAUAGAAGACAGCUACAGGAAGCAAGUAGAAGUUGAUGGAAACCAAUGCAUGUUGGAGAUCCUUGACACAGCCGGGACAGAACAGUUUACUGCAAUGAGAGACCUCUAUAUGAAGAAUGGCCAGGGAUUCCUGUUGGUGUAUUCAAUCACGGCACAGUCAACAUUCAAUGAUCUUCAUGACCUAAGGGAACAAAUCCUCAGAAUUAAAGAUACAGAAGAUGUGCCAAUGAUCCUUGUAGGCAACAAAUGUGAUUUGGAAGAUGAGCGUGUCGUAGGUAAAGAUCAGGGUCAGAAUAUAGGACGGCAGUGGAAUUGUGCGUUCCUAGAAACAUCUGCAAAAUCCAAAGUCAACGUAAAUGAAAUCUUCCAUGAUUUGGUGCGACAAAUAAACAAAAAGAAUCCAGAAACAAGAAAACAAAGGAAGAAGAAGAAGGGAUGUUUGAUAUUAUAAACUAGCUCAGAGAUGCCAGUCAUUUAACAACAUAGGAAAAUUGAUCAUUCAUGAUGUCACAAACAUGAUGUCAAAAACAUGAUGUCAUUGCCUUGCAUCAUCUUAUUUUUCGACUUCCUUGUUGUCAUGAUGAUGUCAAAGACUUUGUGAGAUUUUGACCAAUGGACUUUGAUUUGACAGUGUAAUCCUGUAGCAAUCAUUUAAUCAGCAUAUUUAUUAUUGGAACAUGCUAAAGCGUAAAUGCUUGUAAAUAGAAAGCGGAGUUUGAGUAAAUGUGUGAUUAAACAAAAAGGAUAUAGAAAAUAGCUGGAUUCUAUAGCAAGAAAAGGUGGACAAAAUAUACUGUUAACUGUACCCAAUGCAAGAUAUGGAAACAAUCAGAAGGCAUUUGCAUUCUAGGUAUCACAUGAUGUGAGAAAUUUUAGUGAGUGUUGUCAUGCACACAUGUAUUGCAAACUGAUGUGUUGGCUUAUACAAACCUGAUUUGGAGGAUGUAUUAUGAGGGUUGAGAUAUUGGAUAAGUAAAAGUAUAGAUGUGUCACAGUACAGAUGUGUUUAAAGUGCAGAUAUAUAUGCCACAUGGCAAAUGCGUCAUUGUCCUCAAUAUCACUGACUGGAAGGUUGUGUGUUUUUAAGCU